UAUACGGUUGCAGUAAAUAAACCUCCAAUCCCAUCGUCUUCUGGUGUCAGUUGAAUAUUGAGUUGAGAAGUCAUUGUCCCAUCGUUAAUCGUAUUGCGUCGAAGCACUGUGUCAUUACAUAUACCGUGGGUCAUAACAAUGGCGACGGGGAUGGGAUCAAAAAUGGACUCUUCGAAGCUGGACAAAUUUCUCGAACAACAAUUGAAGACUAUCGAGCUAUUAACUCAGUCCAGAAUUUCUGCAGCUGGAUCGUCGAAUACUACGCCUGAUAUAUUAACCUCUUCAGUCGACGGAAUCGCAACCAGUAUCACAGAAUUUCAUUAUUGUCCGGAUGCUUAUGUGACUUUUGAUACUUGGUUUCGAAGAUAUGAAAACCAUUUUAGAGUUGAUUUUGCUGGUCAAGAUGAUUCAUGGAAAGUUCGUCUCUCCUUCGGAAACUUGGUCCAUUCGAAUUAGCUCAAUAUUGCAAUAUAAUACUGCUGCAGAACCCGAGACCAUUCCUCAGAUGUCACAGACCCUAAGACAACACUUUCAUGAUCAUUCAUUUCUUUUCAAUGCCAGAUAUCGUUGUCUUAAACUGGUCAUGAUCGAGAAUGAUGAUUUCCUUACUCAUGUUGGUACUGUUAAUCGCGAAUGCGAAAAAUUUAAGCUGAAGUCCAUCACCGAUGACCAAUUCAAAUCUUUGAUACUCAUAUGCAGUCUUCAGUCACCCAAGUUUGCAGAUAUUAGAAUGUGAUUGCUAAAUCGAUUGGAGCAAGAACCAACGCUAACGUUGAAUGAUAUCGUUGCUGAAAAUUAA